GGUGAGCGCGUGACACCGAUGGGUGAUGAGAGUGAAAACACGCGGCGGGAUCGGUCCUGAGGGAGAGAUCGCCGCCCCGCCCUGUCCCCACGCGCUCCGAGCGCUUACCCCGCCACACGCGACCGCUUCACCCUGGGGACCGAGCCUGAGACGCUGCCCGCUCCACAGACGACACACUUCUGUUCAGCUCCGCUCAGAAACAGGAUCUGCGAUUGGUGUUAACGGCGCUAAACGACUGCAGAGUCCGUGAGGACCGCUCGCUCGCUGAAGGCACACAUGGAGGCGGAGGCAAGAUGAGGGACACUUCAGCGGCGGUUUGGGUUUUAGCGGGCCUCGCGGUGGCUGCCGUUUUCCGUUCCGGGGCGGCGAAGAGGGCAGACUGCCCCCAGAGGUGCACGUGUGAAACCCGCCCCUGGUUCUCCCCCAGCUCCCUUUACAUGGAAGCCCAAACCGUCGACUGCAACGACCUGGGACUGUUCUCCCUCCCUGAGCGAUUACCGGCCGACACCCAGGUGCUCCUGCUCCAGACCAACAACAUCGCGAGUGUCGAGAGGCCCCUGGAUUACCUGGCCAACAUCACGGAGAUAGACCUGUCCCAGAACAACCUUUCCUCCGUGGGAGAGCUGGUUUUAGGGAGCCUCCCUCGUCUACUCUCCCUGCACAUGGAGGAGAACUGGCUGGGCACCCUCCCGAACAGCUGCCUGUCCGAGCUCAACGGUCUCCAGGAGCUCUACGUCAACCACAACCUGCUCUCCUCCAUCGCCCCCGGGGCGUUCCUGGGCCUGUGGAACCUCCUCAGGCUGCACCUCAACUCCAACAGGCUGCAGGCCAUCAACAGCCAGUGGUUCCUGGCCACCCCGAGGCUGGAGAUCCUGAUGAUCGGAGACAACCCGAUCGGCAGGAUCCAGGACAUGAACUUCAGGCCGCUUGCGAACCUCCGCAGCCUGGUGCUGGCCAGGAUGAACCUGUCGCAGGUCCCCGACGGCGCUCUGGUCGGCCUGGACCGCCUGGAGAGCGUGUCCUUCUACGACAACAUGUUCGUCAGAGUGCCCCGUGGCGCCCUCAAAGAGGCCCAGAGUCUCAAGUUCUUGGACUUAAACAAGAAUCCGAUUCAGAGAAUACAGAGGGGGGACUUCGCAGACAUGCCCCACUUGAAAGAGCUGGGGAUGAACAGCAUGCCGGAACUGGUGUCCAUCGACGCUUUCUCCUUGCGCAACUUGCCCGAGCUGACCAAAAUCGAGGCGACCAACAACCCCAGGCUGUCCUACGUCCACCCCGACGCCUUCCGCGACCUGCGGCGCCUGGAGACGCUGAUGCUGAACGGGAACGCGCUGAGCGCCCUGCCCCGGGGCGCGGUGGAGUCGCUGCCCAACCUGCGGGAGGUGGGCCUGCACGGCAACCCGCUGCGCUGCGACUGCGUGCUGCGCUGGGUGAACGCGGGCGGGACGCGCCUGCGUCUGGUGGAGCCCGACUCGCUGGUCUGCGCCGGGCCCCCGGAGCACCGGGGCCGGCCGGUUCGGGGGGUGCCCCUCCGGGACAUGGCGGAGACCUGCCUCCCGCUCAUCUCGCCCCGGAGCCUCCCGCCCCGCCUGGCCGCCCGGAGCGGCGGCGCGGUCUCGCUGCACUGCCGCGCCUUCGCCGAACCCCCGCCCCACAUCUACUGGAUCACCCCGCUGGGGGAGCGGGUCGGGCCCGGCGUGGCCUCGGACCGGUACCGCCUGCACCCGGAAGGGACCCUGGACAUCGAGGGCAUCACGGAGCGCGAGGCGGGGCUCUACACCUGUGUCGCACACAACCUGGUGGGCGCUGACCUCCGGUCGGUGGCCGUGGAGGUGAACGGCCAUUUCCCCCGCUCCCUCAACGGCUCCCUGGACGUGGAGCUCCAGGUCGUGUCCGUGCGGCACAACUCAGUCCUGGUGUCCUGGAAGGCCUCGCACGGCGGUCUGGCCCCCAGCAUAAAAUGGUCACCGGUUCGACCGAAGGCCGACAGCCUGACGACGGCGUUCGCGGCCAGGGUGCCCUCCGACGUGAAGGCGUACAACCUGACGCACCUGGACCCUUCCACCCGGUACGAGGUGUGCGUGGACAUACCCGGCUUCCAGCGCCCGCACGGCGUGAAGUGCGUGAACGUGACCACCGCCGGCCUGCGGCCCGCUCUGGAGGGCCGGCGCAGGUGGGAGGACGGGGCGGUGAUGGGCGUCUUCGCCGCGCUGCUGGGGGCCGUUUCAGUGGCCUGCGCGCUCGCCUACUCCUCCCUGAGGACCCGCCCCGUUUUCGGAGGUUUGGCGAAAUCGCCCUCGAGGGACUCUCUGGGAGGCUGCGACUCUCUCUCUCGGCUCGGGGUCGAGGGCGAAGGGCUGCCGGCUGCCGUGGAGGUCAAAGCCACAGUCAUCCAUGUGUCAAACAACUCCUUCUAAAAAAAAAAAAAACUAUCUUCAGGAAACAGUUUGUUAAUAUUGUGGGUUAUUUACACACUCGACAGCAGAGAUUGAAAAUGCUAGAUGGAAUUGUUGGCUAUGCUAACUGGACUGUCCGUCCGAGUGCUCUGUGAUGUGUUCAGGAGGUCCCCUAGAGUAAAGAGGGGAUAAAGUGGCGAUGCAGUCAUAUGGAGGCGACUGUACACUACUGGGGGUAUGGCCACCCGCCCUCCACAGACAGAAUGGAGGAUCAGACCCGCAUAUAUGAAAAGUAGUGGAACUAUCUGUAGUCCUGGGCAAUACCCUCUGUGCUGUAUUGUACACCUGUGUGGUAGAAAUGCAACCUGUGUCAUUUGUCCUGGAAGAAAAUCUACUAGAGUUGAUAAGUGGCUGUAAAUGAUGUAAAACAAUUUUAUGGUCAAAUAUACACAUUUUUAUUUUAAAAUAUUUUUGCCUUCUCCUUUGCAAAAAGCGCACACGCUGAAUGUGUAACUUAAUGCAUAGCUUUUCUAUGUACUAUAUAAACCCAAAGCUGACUUCUG